UGUUUGUCACACCCACUGUGCCCACAGUGACUACUUUGCAACACUAUCCACAUAGCACAACUAACUUGUCUUUGUUUGUUUACGUCUUGGAAUAUCAUGGAAAAAGAUUAAAUACUCGGCAAAAUGACACUGGCACACCGGGCUCUCUUCACAUGGUUCAUCGUGCUGGUCUUCCUCAUCCUGCUGUGCCUGCGCCUGGACCCACACACCACCUGGAAUUGGUUCGUCACCUUCACUCCACUCUGGUUCUUCGACUGCAUCCUGAUCGUAUACGUUAUAAUCAAGUUCAUCCGCAAAUGGCGCAACCUGAACCGGCUGACCCACCUCCUACUUCUAUAUAAAUGGAACAUCGGUGGAGUGCUGCUGACCAUCACGUCGCAGGUGAUGAUUUGCCUGACGCUAGAGUACCCCCAGCAGAUCCCGAUUUACGUGACCAUUACCCCACUAAUCCUACUCCUUAGCACUGCCAUUUUCUACGUGGGCAGCCGGCUGGGCAAGCGGGAGGGGUGGUUGCGAUAAAGUUGGAUUAGGAUUAGUUUAAAAGUAGAAAUAUAUUGUAAGAUUAGGACUACAUGAAUAUGAAACUCAAAA